AACUUGGUUCGGUAUGGUGAAGAAUUCGGUGAUCGCUACAUUUCCGACAACCAACGACAGAAUGGCCUGAACAUUCGUCUGCACAACUUUUUCCCUUUUUAUGGUGGACGUUAUAAUUAUACUUUGAUUUCGACCAAUGGCUAUAUCAGUUUUGCAUAUUUCUCCGAUGAUUCGUCGACUCUUCAACUGGGUUUAGAUGUGGAUUGGCCGACACAAAGUGAUCCAGCUGUUAUUGCACCCUAUCUGUGCAAACAACGCAUUCAAAGUGGUCAAGGUGUUGAUUCCAGAGUGUUCUACAGAGUGGAAACCCGGAGAGGAGCAGUUCAGGCUGUUCGAGAUCCUCUGGCGGGGCGUGCGCCAUGUCUUGGCAAACCGGCUCAUUUUCGAUGUGAUGAUCAGUCUGAGCAGUUUCUAGACGCCCUCCAAAGGGCUCUACAACAAGGAGUUGCUGGUGCGUCAACGUUCAGGGCCGAAGCAGCUUUGGUAGUCACCUGGAAGAAUAUGCGGCCCAAUAUCGGCAGUGAACUUGGCCUGUCUACCUAUCAACUCGUUUGGAUGUCUGAUGCUCAGGGCCUUAUUUCGUAUUCAAUGAUCAAUUACUACAAGCUUGGCUUUGAUGCAGCCGAUAUGUACGGGAAUUCUCGUACCGGAAAAUGCCAGGCAAUCUUCAAUGGCGGUAAUCAUACGGGUUCAGUACAAGUCGAUCUAUCCGAAAUUACUAAGCAACAGCCGUCAUCCCUCGCUUCACGAUCAGCCGUACCACAUGUAACCAGGGGAAGGUACUUCCACCGAACUGAUGACGUCGUCCGGCCAGCAGGUUGUGGGAACAAAACCGGUGGCACAUUUCCCCUUCUGAUCUAUCCAAAUAUCGUAACAAUGCUCGGUCAGACGAAGGUUGACGUCAAUGGAAUGUGUCUGAAUCAUGCUAUCACCUACGUUCUCAUGAUAGAGCAACGACAGAUGGCUAAAUGCGACAUUCUGAAUCCAUCUAUAGCUCGAUGUACAUUGCCGAAAAUUCUCGAUUGGGGCACCAAAACCGUCUACUUUCAACCACAAUCAGGUCUUUCAAACGAUGAAAAAGCCUACGUUGGAUUUAUAUAUUUUGUGCCACCCACUUUGGAUCCGAUGCGUCUGGAUAUAGGGAACAUCCAUUCCUGGUACAUCAAUCCACCGCCAACUCAGAUGACUAUCAAAUGGUACCCUCGAAAUUUCACAGCUCCGCGGACGUUUGGAGCCACGGAAACUGUUAACUACUUCGAUGAUUCCGUAUACAACGUGCAGCUAGGUUUGUAUGUAGUUGGCUACAAGGAGGCUCAAGACGUUAAUCUCAGGAAAUUCGUUCCACAACAUCGAGUUCUGGCAAGAUUCGGCUACCUCAAACUCGCCCCCAUGGUCCAGGCUGAGGCACAGACGACAGGAGAAGACAGGGGCAGAUUUGUGGAUUUACCUGAAGGAAUUAUUUCUUCUCCAAUUUCGUUGCAUUGGCUCUGGACCUUACCACCGGAAGGUGAAUUCAAAGGGAAUAAGCAGGAUAAGCAAGAGAAGCUCACUUUUGUCAAGGAAAAGGAUAGAGGCGAUGACUUCUUUUCAGAUUGGCAACUUAUCAAAAUCGGGUUGACGACCAACAUCGGUGGAAUCCGAUUAUUGAAAACUAUCAAUUGGACCGAGUUGAUGAAUGGUAUCUUAGCCGAUAUGAAAUGCACGAAGACCUCUUCACUUAUAGGCGAGUUCCUAUAA